GCACAAAAUGCGGCUGCAGCGGCGGAGGUAGCAGCAGCGGUGGCGUUGACGGGGCCAAAUUAAUGCAGCAAAAUAGACGAAAUAAUUAAAGUGGUUCGAAGAAAUGGCUGGUGAAAGAGUUUAUAAAAAUGCUGGCAAGCGGCGCGCGCCGCACCAGUACCUUGCGAGACGCUCGUCGGUGUUCAUGUCAGUGGCAAGUGGCAAGGUGGCAAGCAAUAAAACAGCAGCAGCAGCAGUAGUAGCGGUAGCAACAGAGAUUACAAACGCGUUGUCCAGCGUAACGGCUUUUCGAAACGGGAAAACAGCGCAGUGACCGACCGACCGAUCGCGCGAGAGUUAAGGUGCGGCGGUGGCCAAUGUAUUAAAGGAGGAAGCAGUGCAAAAGUGCCACUAAAUUAAUCGCAAUUAACAGUUAAAUGCGUGCGCGAACAAAGCAACGCAAAUGUUUACACAAUCAGCAGGUGCCUCCUCCUCCAUUGUUGCCACAAUAACGAAUCACAUUCGGAGGCGAUCCCCAAAUCGGAACCACACCACGCCUCAAUCGGAAACGAAGCUGCUCACCUGGAUUGCCCUGCUCUAUGCCGCCUCCACCUCCCUCGGCGGCUUGGCAGCGGCACUGGACUGGCAACAGGUUAAGCCAAUGUAUUUAGUGUCCAUGUAUCCGGGACCGUUCGGCAUGGCCAUGUCGCAGUCUCCCUCUUCCUCCUCCUCCUCCACCAUUUCCUCCUCCAUGGAACAAGAUGCGGAAACGAGUGCCAGCAACCUGGAGAGCCGCAUCAAUGGAGGAGGAAAUGGGAAUAGCGACGAAGAUGUGGAUGUAAAGGAGCCCUUGGUCUUAAAUCUGGAGACCACACCGCUGCUAGAGAAGAUGCUGCCCGAAGGGGCCAUGGCCAUGGAUCGCAUAUUCGGCGGCAACGUGGGCAAUCCUCACUGCUUCCCCUACCAGGUGGGCAUGUUGCUGCAGCGUCCCAAGGGUCUGUACUGGUGCGGAGGCUCUCUGAUCUCCGAUCAGCAUGUGCUGACUGCGGCACAUUGUGUGGACAUGGCCAAACGCGCUCUGGUCUUUUUGGGCGCCAACGAGAUCAAGAAUGCCAAGGAGAAGGGUCAGGUGCGAAUGAUGGUGCCCAGCAGUAAUUUUCACAUAUAUCCCACAUGGAAUCCCAAGCGUCUGAAGGAUGACAUAGCCCUGAUUCGACUGCCCCAUGCUGUUAGCUUCAACGAACGCAUCCACCCCAUACAGCUGCCCAAGCGGCACUACGAGUACCGCAACUUCAAGAACAAGCUGGCCAUCGCCUCUGGCUGGGGACGCUAUGCCACUGGCGUCCAUGCCAUCAGCAAUGUCUUGCGGUAUGUCCAGCUGCAGAUCAUCGAUGGGCGGACAUGCAAGACGAACUUUCCGCUCUCCUAUCGCGGCACCAAUAUCUGCACCAGCGGGAGAAAUUCCCGCUCCACCUGCAAUGGAGAUUCUGGCGGACCACUUGUUCUGCAGCGAAGACAAUCCAAGAAGCGAGUGCUGGUGGGGAUCACCUCCUUUGGCAGCAUAUAUGGCUGCGAUCGCGGAUAUCCGGCCGCCUUCACCAAGGUGGCUUCGUACCUGGACUGGAUCAGCGACGAGACGGGCGUCAACUCACAUCAGGACACAACAGAGGCGAUUUUCUUCGAUCAGUAUAUGAGGGACUAUGGCAAGCCCCGCCAGAGUCGAAGAUUGGAACAGCAGCAGCAGGAAGAUGAGCAGGAGGAUGAUCAGCCAGAUGAGCUGGACGUGCGUCCCAGCUCCGACGAGGACCUCUCCGAGGAUGUCAGCAUGCGUACGCAUAAGCGCCAGCGUCCUCGUCCUAGACCCAAGUCCGAAUACGAGUUUUACUUCUUAUAAUCCAAAAUAAACAUUUAUUUUUAAAUAAGCUGAUAUAAUAACAUCCUCGAAAUUAAAAAAGAUACCUUCUUCCUCUUUUUUCCUAUGCGAAUUAUGUAAAUCAUAGAAUUUUUUU